ACAUCCCAAAUGUACCGCUAACAUUAGUAUUUGGGAGUCCUAAUUAUAUAUAUAUAUUUAGUUGUUUGGGCAAAAGGAUCACCUUGCUGGAGCUGGCUCCGCCGAUCGAGUGUGUGUAUGUUCAAUGUUGUUUUCCCCAAGAAGAAAUUAUGAAGUCCGCAAACUCCACUAACCAUAAUCGGGACCUUAACUUCACACCGGAAAAGAAGAUGGCACUGGCAGGCAACGACCGACUCCUUUUUACGGGAAAGAAUCCUCUGUUGGGUUCCCUUUUCUUAACCAAUUCAUCGUACAUAGAAUGGCAGAUCUCCACAAAACUCAAAACAUAAUAAAAUAACACCCUUGUGUAAUUCUGUCAACAACCAUAAUCAGGAGUGCAUAAAUACGAUCCCAAAUCACCACUUUUCUAAUCACACAAUCAAAGCAGUCAGAAAAACACACAAUCAAAGGUGGUAAGGAUAGAAGAAAAAAGAAAAUGAAGAUCAACAUGAACGUGGCUCUCCCACUGCUGAUCAUAGCGGCAUUAAUAUUAUUGGCGACGAACCCUGCUGCCUUCGUCGCUAAUGCUCAGGACUGCGGCCCCGGCAAGAAGUGCAAGGACGGCAGCUGCUGCAGUGAGUACGGGUGGUGCGGCAACACCGACCAGCACUGCGGCAAAGGCUGCCUGAGCAACUGCGACGGCGGAGGCAAGAAGUCGCCGCCUCCUCCUCCUGAUAAUAGUUACUCUUUUCCUGCCAUCCGACGGGGCGGUGGCGUGGUGGUCAAGGGCGGCGACGACGGCUCCUACAACGACCCUCACUGCGGCUCGCAGGCCGGCGGCGGGACGUGCGACCCUGGGUAUUGCUGCAGUCAGUUUGGCUUCUGCGGGAAAACUGUUGAAUAUUGUGGCGAUGGUUGUCAAAAUGGUUGCGGCGGCGGCAAUGCUCCGCCAUCACCAUGAAGAGAGUGAGACUCUAUAUACAAGAAGAUGAUGAUUACAGGAAGAGUAAAAGGAAACGGUAUUAAGAUACCUAUUUUUUUUUUUGGUGUGAUUAAGAUACCUAAUUAAAUCCGGUUUCUAAAUUGUGCAUGUACUAAGUAGGAUUUUGCGUGCUCUUAGUACUAUAAAGCACUAAUGAAUAAAAGUUGUACGUCCAUCAUCUACAUGAAAUAAAAUGGUUUUUUUUAUAUGUUCAAUAUAUAAAAGCUGGCAGUGGGGUCAUUAAGAUUAAAGUUUAUUGGGGUCU